AUGUCAGAACAUCAGGUUGGAAGCCCAGGUCAUGUGGUUUGUCUUCAGGGCAAGGAGGUAUCCGUAUGGAGCACAUGGAGCUCAUGGAGCACAGAGUACGUAUGUAGACAAGGUACCUCCAUUCCACUUGAAGCUUCCUCCCCCACCUUCGUCCCCCUUGGUCUACUUGUACUGCAUCUCACUCUGCCUGUCCCUGCGCCCAUCUCCACCGACAGGCUAGACACUAUGGCAUUGAUUGACGCGACCAAGCAUCACACGGACCAUUUGGAUAAACAAGACGAGAGACCAACGGGAAGAGACAUAGCGACUGAUCCAUCAAUAACCCACAAGAUCGAGAUUCAUCAUCAUCCCAUACGACAUGACACGAGAAUACGCGCCUGCUAUGGCCUCGUCUUGUUGGAUUUGUCUGGCUCCGGUUCAGCUCAGCUGAUGGUGGGGUGCCUCGCUGUCCCACGCUUUCCCGAUUCUGCUCAGCGACUCCCAAAACGCAACGCUGCGAUGCAAGUCUUGGGCAGCCACUGCAGCUGCCGCAUCGCCAACCUCGAAAAGAGGAACGCUGACAGUUACUUUGGGUUGGCCUGCCUGCGAGGAUCACCACCUCCUCCGCUGCCGGAAAACUACCAGGACCAAAGGGGCAACUUCAUCACCACCAGGCACGCCCAGGGCAGACGCCGGUUCCCUUACUCCAGGUACCAGCCGCUGCUCCCGCAGGCUAGUACAAUGGGCUCCCCACCCGUUUUCCGCUCGUCUCACUCGGCAACGCGUUGGUUCGCCAGGUCGCCGAACCUUGACAAGUUGACAAUGGCCGAGCCGCAAGCCUAUUCCUUUUUUGGCCGAGAUCCAAAGGAGGAGAGACAACUCACUCUCAACGCUGUUGAUUUUCAACUGGUAGUCACUGGCACACAUAGUUCUCCACGUCAGAUCUGUGUGCGGUAUCCGUACAUAGCUUAUAAUACCUAUGCUGGUUAUGGAUACACAAUCAUCACUUGUUCGGCUUUCGUACUGUCUGCCACAACCCGUCGUUUCUCUCGAGAACUGGACUGCUGCGACUGCAUUUGUGGGUGGGCCCAUCAGAACUCCGAAAGACAGGGCAAGGACGCUCCGCGGAGACAUCGGCCCAUCAACUACGGAGUAACAUGGAGGGAAAUCGUCGUGCGGUGUACCGCGUUUUCGGCGUUAACCCAACCUGGCCUUGUUGCCUCCUACGAGGUACGGACCAUGUACGGACGGAACACUUUUCUUCUUCCCCGCGAACUAGGCGUACCGCCGGAUGCACACAUUGGACGCUCUUCUAUAUCUGCCGUCUGUCGUCAGAUACACAACGACCGAUUGAUCCAUGUCCUUGCGCUGGUGUGGUUCCAUCACGGCGCCGUUGCAGCAGAGGACAAAUAUACAUCUAGGAAUGGCACAAAGACUUUCAACUACACAUUGAAGCAAUCGCCAUGGGGGUCCCUCGCCGUCGAUCCUCAGCCAGCAGUAGCCCGGACAAGGCCCGUCUUUACGCUACGGGAAGUUUUCCCUCGAAGAUUUCCGCGCCUUUGGUCUGAAGCUAGCCGGGUUUCAUUUCUCGUCGAAAAGUCAUGGUCCCUUGACAAUUGGUGGUUCGAUUCGGUUCUCAAACCAGACACUGGGGACAUAUCCACUACCGCUGCAGGGGUGCAAACAACAAAGACACGCGAGCUGCUAUUCCUGAAACUGGACUCGCAAUAUGGGAAAGAGAAGUCUGCGAUGCUCACGGAAUUUGUGUGCUGGGGACACACAAAUGUGUACAACGAUUUCAAGGCCACUCACCAAGCUUCGUGGUCACUCGAACGCAAUGUGGACUUGAUCCAGGAUCACAUCGCGCUUUCCAAGCAUCUAUCCAAAAAGCGGCUGAUCCCAGGCAUCCCAGACCAAGUACUAGAGCGCAGACGUGCGGUUGGCCGCUUUCCACUGGCAUCUUCUCACAUCGUCAUGUCAGGAAACGAGGCCACGAACAUCAGCUACACUGGAAAUGUCGCCGUCAUUGCGCAGAUUGUCAAGUGCGAUCGGGCUUCAGCCCACCUUUCGCCCACUUCAGCCUACGCUGCCCAACUAUCUUGGCUCACUAUCCCGGGACAUGUUCGCCAUGAUGUCGUUUUGACACUGUCCGGGAGUAAAGUUCCCCGGAGAGGCGCGGCGCCUCUUUCUGUCGAUCUCUGGAACUCGUCUAUGGCAAUCACCAAGUCAUCGUCGCCUUCACUCUUCACCCUGUCUUUUCACAGGAAAACUGCGUACGACGCCUACAUUACCAAAGUUUGGGACCGAGGCAGUCAUUACAAAUUCGAUGCGGGCGAAUUGGAUUCAUUCGGGCCGCCAACCGUGCCAAGCCAGCAGAUAGCAAAGACCAAAAGUCACACAAUUCGCCUUGUCAUGCUUGACAACUUGGACGUUCCAGGCCACACUCUCAUCAAGAACUUCUUCCGCGAUCUCGGUCUCACUGGGCCUAGAUCACUGUGGUGUGGGGGCGUCUCCGGACCAUCGCUCAUCCGUGGGCGUUGUAACCUCACCACUGAAGCCGCUUCGCGAUUCUUUAAGCCAAUGCUGCACCUGAGUCCCGUUGGAGGGCGGAGGCUGGAAUUCACGAGAUGCGAUUGGCGGCAGUGGACGACAGGAAGCAAGGCAACGCAGGUGCAGCGAUUGGAGGCGGAAUUUCAUGUCCUCAACAAAGCCUUUUCAGCAGGGUCGAUUCGAUUGAUUCGCCUUCAGUACCAAGCGAUGCAUGGCCCUGCGAAGGGCUGGGGGCCCAGAACGAUUCGUCGACAUGUCACCCUUUGGGCAAAGGGCAAGGUCAGUCUACGACGUUGCGGGAAUUCAUCAGACACGCCGCUUUUCAGCGGUCUUCGGGGCAAGGCGGGACAUGAGGACAACGGCGCCGAACGGUAUAUGGCAUACUUGGCACCUUUGUCCGUGCCGAUUGGGCGGCCUACGACUGUCAGUCUUAGUCUUUGCUACAACACGCUUAUCACGCAUCACGUCGGCAGCGAUCUGAAAAUCCAAUCCUUGUUCGCUGGCUCGGAAAGACUUGCUGAUGCCAAUGUCUUCACGUCGAAUUGCCAAGCGAAGAUGGACCGGAUCAGUAUCACCGGCCAGAGGAGCUCGAACAGACAACGACAGGCCGAUGAGCGGCGAAGCGAGGGUAUUUCUCUUUCUCAGCAUACUAUGUACUUCUCCCGGCGGCUCUCAAACGCCAUACUGGAUCAGGCUGCGCCUCGAGAUGUCGAUGUAAUCUGCUCGUCAGACAUCUACCCGUCGUUCCACUCUGACGAUUUGACGAACCCUCCCCCGGAGAUGAUAUUCGGCAAGGAAGACAUACGGAUGUCUCCUUGCAAGGACGAAGAACCCGACGCCGUGGAUGAAGUUCAAGGUGUUCGCGGAGAGCGACUAACUUGCGGAGUACGAUCAAUCGGCUCGCCAUCGCCCAAGCUUCCAAUCGUCCAACGCAGGAAAUUUGGACGACAGAUGCCCACCAUAUGCUACCGAGCCGGCAUGGAAAGCUACCUUCUGGAACACGGGAAACGAGAGAGGACGCAAUUGCCUAGUCUAGUAUCGAAGACGCCGGCGGUUCACGCCAGUGUCGAAGGCGUGACGCCAGCAAACACCACGGAACACCCACGCAACACACAAAAUGCCAAGCGACUGAGAUAG